GAAUGUAAUAAGAUAACGAAAUGCAUGAUUCAGUCCAAGCGCGACUCAAAUUAAUAACAAAGCAACUAUAAACAUGGAGGCCGAUCUACACCAGAAUGAUAGUAGUUGUGAAUGUGAAAUUUGUAGGGCAAAAAUUGCAGAAAAUGUGGCGAACCUCAAAGUGGACGUUUCGACCGAAAAGUGUCAAAACUGGCUGGUCAAGUGCCCAACGGUUGAAGACGAUGAUGCCUCAGUUUAUUCUGACUCACAAUGUUCGGAACUCACGGAAAAUACCAACAAUAGCGCCAUGGAUUCCGGGUUAAUUUUCGAAAGUGAUGGUAUAGUAAUGUCGUCAAAAGUGUACAGUGACCAAAAUGUAAGUCAGACGAUUCACGAAAAUCAGACAGUUCAAUUGAUGGUAAAGGAAAAUAACUCCAAAUAUGAAAAUAUAAGUAUUUACAAAUCAAGAAAAGUUCAUAUUGGUGACGUUACUUACCUCAAUGGACCAAUUUUUGUGAAUACUUUCAAUAAAGAAAAAACUACCAAGUACGAUGAUGAUCUGGAUUCUUGUGUCGUUGUGUCAAGAACCAACUGGUUGGCGCAACCUGCACUAGGUGAAAAAGAAUUCCUGCAAGAACCCGUCAAAUAUGUCAUAAUAGGUCAUACGGCCACUGAGGAAGGAUUCAACCAUGCCGAAAACACGCUACUCAUCCGUCUUAUACAGACUUUUCACAUCGAAAGCAGAAAAUGGAAGGACAUAGCUUACAAUUUUUUAAUCGGAUCUGACGGUUUAGCCUACGAAGGAAGAGGUUGGGGCGUAAUAGGAGCCCACACAAGAGGUUUCAACAGUAAAGCAAUAGGAAUUUCCUUCAUCGGAUGCUUCCUAGAUCAUUUACCCCCCAAUGCGGCUCUGGAAAAAGCCAGAGAUCUGAUCGCAUAUGGCGUUAAAAGGGGAUCCAUCGAUGAAGACUAUAUUUUACUUGGUCAUUGCCAAUGUUGUGGUGUUGAAAGUCCCGGAAAGAAAUUAUUCGAAGAGAUACAGACGUGGGGCCACUGGGAUGGAUCCUUUAAAGUUACAACACCUACUCUGAGCGAGACCAGGAUCAGUGAAACUUCAAAAUCGGAGAAUAUUCCAUGAUAUUGGUGAACUUCAUAUAACGUUAUGAGAAAGUUUU